AUUGGGAAGAUAUAAGAUCAAUAAGGCAUGGCCUUGAAAUCAAAAGUGGUGAUCGAGUCUUUACACUUGCAUCCGGUGGUGGAAAUGCGAUGACUCUCCUACUCGAUGAUCCAGUUGAAGUCGUGGCACUUGAUUUUUCCAUUCCGCAGCUGCACUUGGCAAAACUACAGGCAGCCUGCAUCAAAUAUCUGUCAUAUCAAGAGUUCAUCAACUUUGUUGGAGUUCAAAAUAUGGAACCAGAAGAACGGGUCAGAAUUUUUAACUCCAUAAAAGGAGCACUGGAAGCUGACGUGCGUGAGUAUUGGAAUGCUAAUACAUUAGAUAUAAACCAAGGAAUAAUCAAUUGUGGAGAUUUUGAGCAGAGAUUCAAAAUAUUUGCAGAGGAUGCCAUGAAUGUUGCGCUGAGUCCCAACCAAAUAGAAACAUUCCUAUCAAUGGGCGACGAUAUGAAUGAACAGAGACGAUACUUUCAAGAUGUCAUUGAUGGUGAAGUCUUCAGACGAGCAUACCGAAGGCUUGGUUAUUGGUCAUUCAAAGGUAUCAAUACAGAUAUAAUGCCAGCUCUUGAUUACCCCAACAUCUUUUUACAACAUUUUCUCAACAAGGUGAAAACGACACCUAUGAAUCAAAGCUACUUCAUGGAAUUUAUUUUCACAUGGAAACAUGGUGUCCUCACUCCACUAAGGGAGUACCUACAAGAAGAGAAUUUUGAGGUUCUGAAAGACAGAAUUGGGCGCAUGAAAUGGUUACAUGGAGAGAUGAUGAAUUACUUCAAGACAUAUCCAACACUAAAUCAGCCAAAGUUUGAUGCAAUGGGCUUGUCAAAUGUCACUGAUUUGAUGACACUCAGCAAUCAUAAUGCAGGAUAUCAGCAGCCCUCCUAUCUUUUGUUUCAUUGCAAGGCAUUUUACCAUUUACAGGUGACAUCCAGGUUAAAAUGAAUAUUGUACUUUAUUGUUUAUUUAUAUAAGGGGACAUCUAAUGCUUACAGCGCUUUGCCCCUUGUAAUUGUAUCUAAAUGACUUGUGCUUACAAUAAAUAUGAAAGAUGUUAAAAAAAAAAAUCAUAAUGCAACCCUACGAGCUGCUGCUAAAGUUGUUAAACAACAUGGAAACAUUCUCUUUUUGUGUCUUAAGGGUCUCCCUAAAACUUGGCCUGAGGAUCUUGUGGGAUCAGCUGUUGUUAUUGAACAUGAUAAGGUAAAGGAAUGUUCUGAAAUGAAUCGUUCAUUCUUCUGGGAAGACAUACAGGUUGCAAAGGUAUUGUGAAACAAUGUAACACUGAAGCCUCAGUCACAUUUGGUGGCCAUAGCUUCACAAAAUUGAUAUAUAAAAUCUACAUAGUACUGCUAAUGCCUAUAUUUUACGCUGUAUAUUUCUCUCAAAAGACCUGGAGCUGCUUGUAGAACGUAUGAGUCAGGGAAGUUUUUUCAUGAAUUUCGCUUAUGUUUUUCAUUAAAAAACACCAAUAAACUUUGAAACAUUCUAUUGACUAUAUGAUUGCACCAUAUAAUCCCCAAAGAUAUUUCUCAUUUUCAAGGAUUAUCUAUGGAUUAUCACCCAAUUUUUUCGAACUUCAGAGGGCUGGGAAUCAUUGAUAAUCAACACUUUUGAAUAAUAUAAAUGCUGUUUUAAAUUGGUUUCAUGUAUGCCAAUAAUUUCUCAAAUUGUGUAAACUGAACGCAUUCUUAAAUCCUUAGAAUAUUCUCUUGGAGGAAUUUCCAAUAGAAAUCCAAUGGUAUAGUUCCAAGCAGAUCUUGAGACAGCAGGAAAGUAAAUCUUUUAUUGGGUUAUUUUAGUUUAUAUCGCGACCUGAUUUUAAAAGAAAAAGGUCAAAGUAGGUUAACCGGAAGUUGGAUCUCAAUUUUGAUUUCAGAUUCUGAAUCCAGAGCAUAUUUCCUAUUAAAAUGAUACCAAUUUGGAUGGAUUUAGUAAAAAACGAUUAUGAGUUGAUUAUCGCUAAUUUUUUAAUAAUUUGGUGGCAGCAGUGGGAUUUUUUGUGAUUUCAAAAGGUCAUAGCUCCUGAACUGGAAGUCGAAUCAAAAUUUUGAUUUCAGAUUUGGGAUCCUGAGAAAAUUUGAUACCAAUUUUGAUAGAUUUGGAACAUCUUAAAAUUGGACUUCUUUUUGAUUUUGAUUUAAGACCUAGAUAAAUAUUUAAAAUUUAAAUCAAAUCUAAUCACUCAUAUUUGAACUUUACUUGAACUGUUUAUGAAAAAAGAUCAGCUUCUUUGAAUGAAAUCUGUCGACCAAUAUUUGAGUUAUCACCCAGCCACAAAUGGACGGGCAGAUGGCUUUUCUAUAUUUUAUUCAUUAUUUGACUUAUCUGAUUAUCAAAAACCUUUAACUGUGAAGAGAACUAAUCCAAACAACACAAGACUGGAAAAGAGUGUAUCACUGGAGAAUGUACAUUGGUAUUUCAUUAUAUCAGUGCAAGUAAUUUCACUUUUUCAUCUGAAAUCCCAGACACAAUAAAAUAGCAAGGCAUUAACAUCCAAAA